AUGGGUUCGGUUCUGCCCGGGUCAUCUGCCGGCCUGAAGCCGCCGCUGUCCCUGGCCGACGUCAUCACCUCCGACAUCCUGCACAGCUUCCUGUACGGCCGCUGGAGACACGUGAUCGGGGAACGACACCUGCAGCCGCACCUGGAAGAGAGGACGGUACCGAGCCCGAAGACCGCGUUCACCGCCGAGGUCCUGGCCCAGUCCUUCUCCGGAGAGGUUCAGAAGCUGUCCAGUCUAGUUCUGCCGAGUGAAGUCAUCAUCGCUCAGAGCUCAGUUCCAGGAGAGGGACUCGGGAUUUUCUCCAAGACGUGGAUCAAAGCCGGGACUGAGAUGGGUCCAUUCACCGGCCGCCUGAUCUCACCAGAGCACGUCGACCCAUUCAAGAACAACAACCUGAUGUGGGAGGUGUUCAACGAGGACGGCAGCGUGCGCUUCUUCGUGGACGCCAGCCAGGAGGAGCAGCGCAGCUGGAUGACCUACAUCAAGUGUGCCCGCAAUGAGCAGGAGCAGAACCUGGAGGUGGUCCAGACGGGCAGCACCAUCUACUACAAGGCUAUGGAGACCAUCCCUCCAGACCAGGAGCUGCUCGUCUGGUACGGGAACUCUCACAACACAUUCCUGGGGAUCCCAGGCAUUCCUGGCUUGGACGACGAUCAGGGGAAGAAGUGCAAGAGUGAUGAGUUCCAUUCCUGCGAAGGCUCCUCCUCGUCCUCCUCCUCGUCCUCCUCCGCCUCCUCGAGUCUCGGGCGCAUGCGCUGUGUCAUUUGUCAUCGUGGCUUUAACUCGCGCAGCAACCUGCGCUCGCACAUGCGGAUCCACACCCUGGACAAGCCUUUCGUGUGUCGCUUCUGUAGCCGGCGCUUCAGUCAGUCAUCCACGCUGAGGAACCACGUGCGGCUCCACACCGGUGAGCGGCCAUACAAGUGCCACGUCUGCCAGUCGGCCUACUCGCAGCUCGCCGGCCUGCGAGCGCACCAGAAGAGCGCCAGACACCGUCCCCCCGGAGACACCGGCACCUCUGGCAGGGCAAUGGUUGUGGUGGCUGGGGAUCCCUCGCCACCCCAGCACCCUCAACUGACUGCCGUCGCACAUCCUGCAUCACUCGUGCACCACAUCCCCACCAUGGUGCUGUGAGCUCCGCCCACAGGGCUCUGUUUGCAUGCUGUAUCCCAGGUGGAGACGUCACGUCGUGUUAAAGCUACUCCGAUCCUAGGAUGUGCUCAAGCUAUGUGACACGCAAGCACUCGUGCGAGCAUGAGACCGCUGCUGUUGAUGUUGUUGUUCUCGUUGUUGUACUGUGUCCUGAACAUGAGCACAAGCUAGCAAGCUCUCUCCAGUGUUUGGAUGUGAA